CAGUGUUCCGGUCGAUACAGAUACGAGUACCAAGUACGAUACUGCAUUCGAUUGAUCAUUCCUACUCGUACAAGUACCUGACCAGGUGUUUCUUCGGCUACCGGUGUAGAAAAUCACACCACCAGAUCAAAGAGCAAAGCAAWUGGAAAGGAUGAGAAGAAACCGCAUCGGGCUUCUCUUAAUGGCAGUCGUAUUAUCAAGGACAUCACCUGCCUUCGCCUUUGUGUUUCGUCACUCGGUCGUCAGCAUCAGCAUCAACGUCAACAUCAACAUCAACAUCAACCGCAGCUGCCACCGCAACUGCAACACCAUCGCUUGCAAAUCUCCGCAGGCACUGCUGCGGUCGGCAGCAACCUACGGCAGACGCAGCCUCUGCGACAUCAUGGGGGACGGCAACGGCGGCCACCGCACCAAAAAAAGACCCCUUUCCGCUGCGUCCGAAGAAGCAAGCGAGGCAACGGGCGACAACGACUCCGAACCGCCCCCGCUGUACCUGGAGGAGGGCCUGUUCGCGGUGACGAAACCGCUCGGAUGGACCUCGCAGGACGUCGUUGGGAAAAUCCGGUUCGUCCUCGAGAAGGACGCCCGCGAGCGGGGAGCACCCGACCGCCGCACGAAAAAGCGAAGGCCGUGGAUGAAGGUCGGGCACGGGGGGACCCUCGAUCCACUCGCUACCGGCGUGCUGGUGUGCGGGGUCGGAUCGGGAACGAAGGACCUCCAGAAGUACCUGGUGGGCUCCAAGCAAUACCGCGCCGAGGUGACACUCGGGUACCAAACGACGACGCUCGAUGCCGAUCCGAAAGGGGAAGUCGUGGAAGAAAAAUCCUUCGACCACGUGGUGUCCUACGAUGAAAUCGACGCGAUGCUCCAAUCCAAGUUCACUGGCACCAUCCARCAAGUCCCACCGAUUUUCAGGUAAGCGAGUGAAUGUGUGUUUGUGUUUGUGUUCAUUUCGUUCGUUGCAUUCAUUGCGUCGUGUUGCGCUGCGCUGCAUUCUGUAGAUCGGAUUUUUGUUGUCGUUGUGCUACACGGUUGCUGGUGUGUCUCAAUCCACUCUCCUUUGCCGUUCCCAUUUCCAUGCCGCAUUGCUUUGUAUUCUGGUAGUGCCUUGAAACGCGAUGGAAAGAAACUGUACGAACUGGGCCGAAAGGGGCAGACCGCAGAAGAGAUCAAGAUUGAAGCACGGGAAGUGGUCAUUCACGAUUUGAAGCUGAUUCGGCCAGACCGCAGCGGGGACAGCGACAGCGACGCAGCAUCCGAACCACCGCGCAUCGAAAAGUUCGAGAUCGAAGUGGAGUGCGGCGGUGGGACGUACAUCCGAUCGCUGGUGAGAGACAUCGGCAUCGAACUCGGUACGGUGGCCACAAUGACGGCGCUGGAACGCACGAAGCAGGGGCGUUUCCUGCCCGAGCACUGCAUCCCGUAUCAGCUUCUCGGCGACGAACCAAAAGAACAAAAAACCCAAGRCAGCGAUGAGAAAACCGGUACCGUGUUCAUCGACAAGAAGGAGGACUGCAAUUGGACCGUCGAGACCAUUACGGAAGGUAUUCGAGUGUGCAGAUCGAAUGUGCUAGGCUCUUCCGACGACGACGACGACGACGACGACGACGACGACGACGGGUUGAAAUGAAAGAGAGAGAGAGAGAGAGAUCUGAUGCUACUAUCUAUGAACAAUCAUA